CGACCGGCCAAUCGGGGACGCUCAGUCGGCGGGUGGAUGAACGCGGCCCUCUGUAAUGGCGGAGCGUGGCGGGGACGGGGGGGACGGUGAGCGAUUCAACCCGGGGGAGCUCAGGAUGGCUCAACAGCAGGCCUUGAGGUUCCGAGGCCCGGCUCCCCCACCAAAUGCAGUGAUGCGAGGCCCACCACCUCUCAUGCGACCUCCUCCCCCUUUUGGUAUGAUGCGAGGCCCUCCACCACCACCUCGGCCCCCCUUUGGACGUCCUCCUUUUGAUCCCAAUAUGCCGCCAAUGCCUCCUCCAGGAGGGAUUCCUCCACCAAUGGGCCCUCCACACCUCCAGAGACCACCUUUUAUGCCUCCACCCAUGGGAACCAUGCCUCCUCCUCCGGGUAUGAUGUUUCCACCAGGAAUGCCUCCUGUGACUGCUCCUGGUACUCCAGCACUGCCUCCUACUGAGGAGAUAUGGGUUGAAAAUAAAACUCCAGAUGGGAAGGUUUAUUAUUAUAAUGCUCGGACACGUGAAUCUGCAUGGACCAAACCAGAUGGAGUUAAGGUUAUUCAGCAGUCAGAACUGACACCUAUGCUUGCAGCCCAGGCUCAGGUUCAGGCCCAAGCCCAGGCGCAGGCCCAGGCGCAGGCCCAGGCUCAAGCGCAGGCUCAGGCGCAGGCACAAGCACAAGCUCAAGCGCAGGCGCAGGCCCAGGCCCAGGCUCAGGCCCAGGCCCAGGCCCAGGCCCAGGCCCAGGCCCAGGCACAAGCACAGGCUCAGGCGCAGGCGCAGGCACAGGUGCAGGCGCAAGUACAAGCACAAGCAGUAGGAGCUUCCACCCCUACAACCAGUAGCCCAGCACCUGCAGUGUCCACUUCAACAUCAUCAUCCACCCCAUCCUCUACCACUUCUACCACAACAACUGCCUCUUCGGUUUCGCAGACAGUAUCAACACCCACAACACAAGAUCAGACCCCAAGUUCUGCUGUUUCAGUUGCUACGCCUACAGUUAGUGUUUCAACUCCUGCUCCUACAGCCACACCUGUGCAAACUGUUCCCCAGCCGCACCCCCAGACGUUACCUCCUGCUGUUCCUCACUCAGUACCUCAGCCAGCAGCCGCAAUACCUGCUUUUCCACCAGUCAUGGUACCUCCGUUUCGUGUUCCCCUUCCUGGCAUGCCAAUUCCGCUUCCAGGUGUAGCAAUGAUGCAAAUAGUCAGCUGCCCGUAUGUAAAGACAGUCGCUACCACCAAGACCGGUGUAUUGCCAGGAAUGGCCCCUCCUAUCGUACCUAUGAUCCAUCCCCAGGUUGCUAUUGCGGCUUCACCUGCUACCUUAGCUGGAGCAACAGCAGUUUCUGAGUGGACUGAAUAUAAAACAGCCGAUGGCAAGACAUACUAUUAUAAUAAUAGAACAUUAGAAUCAACCUGGGAAAAACCCCAAGAACUAAAGGAAAAAGAAAAAUUAGAGGAGAAGAUUAAAGAGCCAAUUAAAGAACCUUCUGAAGAACCUCUGCCAAUGGAGACGGAGGAGGAAGACCCUAAGGAAGAGCCAAUAAAGGAGAUAAAGGAGGAGCCCAAAGAAGAGGAGAUGACUGAAGAAGAAAAGGCUGCCCAGAAGGCAAAGCCAGUAGCUACUACCCCUAUUCCUGGUACUCCGUGGUGUGUUGUUUGGACUGGUGAUGAGCGGGUCUUCUUUUAUAAUCCUACCACCCGUCUCUCUAUGUGGGACCGACCUGAUGAUCUGAUUGGAAGGGCGGAUGUUGACAAAAUUAUUCAGGAGCCACCUCAUAAAAAAGGAAUGGAAGAAGUAAAGAAACUAAGGCACCCGACCCCGACAAUGCUGUCCAUCCAAAAAUGGCAAUUCUCUAUGAGUGCAAUUAAAGAAGAACAGGAAUUAAUGGAAGAACUUAAUGAAGAUGAACCUGUUAAAGCCAAAAAACGGAAGAGAAUGUCAAAGAAGUCCUUUAUGUGGAUUGCCCGAGCUUCUCUAUUUAGGAGAGACGAUAAUAAAGACAUUGAUUCAGAGAAAGAAGCUGCCAUGGAAGCUGAAAUUAAAGCUGCCCGAGAAAGGGCCAUUGUCCCUCUGGAGGCCCGAAUGAAGCAGUUCAAGGACAUGCUGCUAGAGAGAGGGGUGUCUGCUUUUUCAACGUGGGAGAAGGAGUUGCACAAGAUAGUUUUUGAUCCUCGGUACUUACUUCUCAAUCCUAAAGAGAGAAAACAGGUAUUUGAUCAAUAUGUAAAGACGAGGGCAGAGGAAGAACGCAGGGAAAAGAAAAACAAAAUAAUGCAAGCCAAGGAAGAUUUCAAAAAAAUGAUGGAAGAAGCAAAAUUUAAUCCAAGAGCUACUUUUAGUGAAUUUGCAGCCAAGCAUGCUAAAGAUUCAAGAUUCAAAGCAAUUGAAAAGAUGAAAGAUCGAGAAGCCUUGUUUAAUGAAUUUGUGGCAGCUGCAAGGAAGAAAGAGAAAGAAGAUUCGAAGACCAGAGGUGAGAAGAUUAAAUCGGAUUUCUUUGAACUGUUAUCUAAUCAUCACUUGGACAGUCAGUCCCGAUGGAGCAAAGUAAAAGACAAAGUAGAAAGUGAUCCACGUUACAAGGCAGUGGAUAGUUCUUCAAUGAGAGAAGACCUUUUCAAACAGUACAUUGAAAAAAUAGCCAAGAAUUUGGACUCAGAAAAAGAAAAGGAGCUUGAAAGGCAAGCCCGCAUUGAGGCAAGCCUUCGAGAACGAGAAAGAGAGGUUCAAAAGGCACGUUCAGAACAAACAAAAGAAAUAGAUCGAGAGAGAGAGCAACACAAACGAGAAGAAGCUAUCCAGAAUUUCAAGGCUCUUUUAUCUGACAUGGUGCGUUCUUCAGAUGUGUCAUGGUCUGAUACUCGGAGGACUCUCCGAAAAGAUCACCGUUGGGAAUCUGGAUCCUUGUUGGAAAGAGAGGAGAAAGAGAAGCUUUUUAAUGAACACAUUGAAGCACUUACCAAAAAGAAGAGGGAGCACUUUAGGCAACUUCUAGAUGAAACUUCUGCAAUUACCUUAACAUCCACAUGGAAAGAAGUAAAAAAAAUCAUUAAGGAAGAUCCUCGGUGCAUUAAGUUCUCCUCCAGUGACAGGAAAAAACAAAGAGAGUUUGAAGAAUACAUCAGAGACAAGUACAUCACAGCCAAAGCUGACUUCAGGACGCUUUUGAAAGAGACCAAAUUUAUAACAUAUAGAUCCAAAAAGCUAAUCCAGGAAUCUGAUCAGCACCUGAAAGAUGUAGAAAAAAUUUUGCAGAACGACAAACGGUAUCUAGUACUAGACUGUGUGCCAGAAGAGAGGCGUAAACUGAUUGUGGCCUAUGUGGAUGACCUGGAUCGCCGGGGUCCACCCCCACCUCCCACAGCGUCAGAGCCCACAAGACGAUCAACAAAAUAAUUCUCAGUACUCUUCCACAGGGGUAUCUUAAUUCAAAAACGCUUGCAUGAGCCAAUUUCCAGGUUUUUACAUGUAUGUGCAUUAGUCAGACUAUUGCAGAACCAUCUGACGAACAGAAGGAGAAGCAUUCGUGAACAGUUUCUGAACAGAGAACACUUUGGAAAUAAUUUAUGCUUUUCUUUGUGUGGCAUGACUGACAUACAUACUCAAAUAUAGGCUGUCUCUAGUAAAUCUAAAAUCUUGAAGCUAAAAAUCAUCCUUUUAUGAGGUGUGGAAGUCAGUGACUUUUGGUGACGUUCUUUCUAGCAGUGUUAAACAUGCAAGACGUAAGAGCAUUUGUGGUUUGAACUUGCAAGAUGCAAAUACCACAGACUCCAAGAAAACCUAAGUUAGGGUUUGUUUUGUUUUGAUUUUGUUUUUUAAAGCGGGUAAAAGAGAAAACACUGAAAAUUGAAUUCCUAUCUUCCAGAGGCUAAGAUUAUUAUAAUGGACAUACUUUUACCUUUGUCUCUAAAGAACACUUUAGUUUUGUUUGUUCACUUACGUGCUUUGAUUACCCCCUCUGAAUUCUAGGCCAAGUCUUGUUUAGCCUAAGAGAAGAUUUAUUUAGUAAUUUCUUCUCAGGUAUGGAACCACGGUCAUAACUAACAUGUUGGCCAGAAUAGGACUGAUGGUUAAACACGUUUUAUUUACCAUUAAGUGAUCUUUAUCAAAUAUUCUGGAUUAGACAACAAAUUAUCUUUCUUGGGUGUUCCCUGUAAACUAUACUCCAGUUUGAAUGUUAAACUUUUGUUUCUAAAGUUUAAUUUUAAGAUGUUUGAAUGUUCAGUUUAUGUAUUUGAACUACAAUAAACCAACCCUUUUUAUAUAUGUGGAUUGUAUAUGAUUAUUGUUGUGGAACCUAUAACAAAGACAUCUUUUAAACCUGUUCAUUAAAGCAGUAGCAACUGUAAUUUGGCACAGAGAAAGUUGACUUCCAAUCCUAUAUAUCACAUAGUUUUUAAAGGCUUGAAUAUAAUAAAUUAUUUGCAGUAUAAAAGGGAAGGAAUUUGUAAAGAACCAUUUUGGUGCUCAGUCUCUUAGCAAUAUCCUACUGCCUCAUAGCAAGAAGAUGCUGGUUUUUUGUUCGUGUGUUUUCUUGUUUUUGUCUCUAUGUUAACACAAUUGAUGGUGAAGUCUUCUUGGCACCCUUUCAGUGUGCCCUGCACAUCAUACCGUGGAAUGUACCUUUGACCUCCACUCGCUCUUUCUAGCUGUACCUCCCCACUUUAUUUUUUUUUUUAUUUUUAUUUUUUUUUAUAUUUAUUUAUUUUUGAGACAGAGAGUGACAAAGCAUGAAUGGGGGAGGGUCAGAGAGAGGGAGACACAGAAUCCGAAACAGGCUCCAGGCUCUGAGCUGUCCACACACAGCCCGACGCGGGGCUUGAACUCACGGACCGCGAGAUCAUGACCUGAGCCGAAGUCGGACGCUUAACCGACUGAGCCACCCAGGCGCCCCUGUACCUCCCCACUUUAAAGAUUCCUGUCUCAUUCCUUCAUAGAUUUCUCAUUUCAGAGUACCACAUCCAUGUUUAAGAAAAAUAGGUUAAUUGGAUAACAUAUCUUCCCUUUUCUCUCCCAUCUCCUGUGAUUGCAGCAAAACCUAAAAUGAGGAAAUACCAGUAGAUUGUAUGUUCUGUGCACACAGACACAGAUCACAUGCAUACAGACUCAUUCACACUUAACAUUACUUAGUACUUAGCUUAAAUAUAUUAAGUGUUACAGAAAUCAUGUAUGUGAGAAACUAUAAUUAACU